GGGGAACUGGUUCGUGGAUGGUAGGGACCCUCGAGAAAGGUGAAGCUGUUUACUUGUUUUCCAUGAUGCGCCGAGUCGCCCGUCCGUAGUUGUCGUCAAGGAGCUUCUGCAAAAAUGGGAAAGCCCAACGGUAUCCGUACUGCUCGCAAGCUGCGCUCUCGCCGCAGAGUGCAGAAGUGGGCGGACAAGACCUACAAAAAGGCGCAUCUUGGCACCAGAUGGAAGGCGAACCCGUUCGGAGGCAGCUCCCACGCCAAGGGCAUCGUCGUCGAGAAGCUGGGUAUUGAAGCUAAGCAGCCCAACUCUGCUAUUCGUAAGUGCGUUCGUGUGCAACUGAUUAAGAACGGCAAGAAGAUCACUGCCUUUGUUCCUCGUGACGGUUCGUUGAACUACAUCGACGAGAACGACGAAGUCUUGGUCGCCGGUUUCGGUCGGAGUGGUCACGCCGUCGGUGAUAUUCCCGGCGUUAGAUUCAAGGUCGUGAAGGUUGCGGGUGCCUCUCUGUUGGCGCUCUUCAAGGAGAAGAAGGAGAAGCCUCGCACGUAA